AUGUCAGGCAGUGGUACGGAACGUUCAAAUUUUCGUGGUAAUCGUCCAUUAUCAUCGAAUCCACCACAUUCAAUAUGUGUAACAGAUCGAAAAGUUGUUUCAUUUACACAUUUAUGGACAAUUGAUCAUUUUCAAUCAUAUUUAGAUGAUCCUCAAUCACCUCGUGUUCUCUUUAGUUCUUAUUUUUCUCCAAAUUUCGGUCCACAUACUGAUACAAGUUGGUGUUUAAAACUUUAUCCAAAAGGUGUUAAUGAAAAAUCAGUUGAAUAUAUAAGUUUAUUUGUUAAAUAUGUUCGUGGUCGUACUGAUUUACAAGCUAAAGCUGAAUUUUCAUUAAUAAAUAGUCGUGGGGAAUUUCAUAUUGUACGUAAAACACCAUAUCAUAUAUUUCCAACGGGUGGCGAUUGGGGUUAUUCUGAAUAUUUAAUGCGUAUGGUAUUAACAACACAACGUAAAUCAGAAUUAUUAAAUGCUGAUCAAAGUUUAAAAAUAUUUACACGUGUUAUUAUUGUUGGUGAAUCAUCAUCAUCAAUAAUACAUGAAGAAAAAAAGAAUACAUAUGAAAGUUUAAUAUCAUUGUCAACACAUUUUAAUUCAUUAUUAACAUCAACUAAAGAUAAUUGUCAUGAUGUUACAAUUAUUGUACGUCCACAACAAUAUAAUAAUUUAACGUAUGAAAAUAAAUCUUCACAUGAUAUUCCAUCAUCAUCAUCAUCUUCAUCACCGAUUGACGGAGGAAAAUUGUCCUCAUCAAAGAGGAAUAAUAAUAAUAAUUCUGGCGCUGGAAAUCAUCGAACAAAACGAAAACGAUAUAGUACAAACUCAGGUGGAAGUAGUGGUGCUGGAGAGUCAUCAGGAGAAACUAGUCAUGAUGAAACAACUUCAACAGCAUUAGUUCUUUUAUCAACACCGACUACAACAACAUUUUAUGUGCAUCGAAGUAUAUUAAGUGUAAGUUUAAAUUUAACAGUCUGA